AGAUGUCACUUGGCAGUUUGAGAGUCGGUAUCUACGUUCAUAUUUUCGUUCGUGAUUCCAAACAACGGAUCCGAUUUGUCGUGAGAUCGUAUCGUCGUGGUGCUGUGUCCCGUAAGGGUCGAAAAGCUAUUUGAAGAAAAAGAGAUCGUAUUAUGAUGUGCGCGUAAAGAUACACCUUGCCGUUUACGGAGCGUACAUAAUUUUCCGGAUUUACGCCGUAUAAACUUUUUAUUUGAAGAGUUCUAUUGGAGGGCGACGCGAUGACCACCGACAAAGUUACUCUAGGCGACGCCUUGUCGAACGUCGACGUAUUGGACGAAUUUACAUUGCCGGACGAGCAACCCUGUAUAGAAGCCCAGCCAUGCUCCGUGGUGUAUCAGGCGAAUUUUGAUACUAAUUUCGAGGAUAGAAAUGGUUUUGUGACGGGUAUCGCUAAAUAUAUAGAGGAAGCGACUGUGCAUGCGAGUCUGAACGAAUUGUUAGAGGAAGGCCUUGAGCAUGCGGUAAUGUUGUAUACUUGGAGAUGCUGUUCACGUGCGAUUCCGCAGCCCAAAUCUAACGAGCAGCCAAACCGAGUGGAGAUUUACGAGAAGACAGUGGAAGUGUUAGCACCUGAAGUGAACAAAUUGUUGAAUUUUAUGUAUUUUCAAAGAAAAGCAAUUGAGAGAUUUUCAGGAGAAGUCAAGCGACUGUGUCAUCACGAGAAGAGAAAAGAUUUUGUAUCCGAGGCAUAUUUGUUGACCUUGGGAAAAUUCAUCAACAUGUUUGCUGUACUGGAUGAAUUAAAAAACAUGAAAUCUAGUGUAAAGAAUGACUAUUCCACAUACAGAAGAGCCGCACAGUUCUUGAAGGUGAUGUCGGACUCUCAGACACUGCAGGAAUCCCAGAAUUUAUCCAUGUUUUUGGCAACGCAAAAUAAAAUUCGCGAUACAGUUAAGGAAAAUCUCGAGAAGAUUGCUGGAUAUGAAGAAUUACUUGCAGAUGUGGUUAAUAUCUGUGUUCAUAUGUUUGAAACUAAGAUGUACCUUACGCCUAAUGAAAAGCACAUGUUAGUGAAAGUGAUGGGGUUUGGUUUAUUCCUGAUGGAUAGCGAGUUAUGUAACAUUAAUAAGCUUGAUCAAAAGAAAAAAUUGAAACUAGAUAGAAUUGAUAGAAUCUUUAAGAAUUUGGAGGUGGUACCACUCUUUGGAGAUAUGCAAAUUGCACCGUUUAACUAUAUCAAACGUUCAAAGCACUUUGAUGCGUCGAAAUGGCCGCUAUCUUCGUCAUCGAAUAACAUAAGUCCACAGGCCGAUCUUAUGGUACAUCUUCCUCAGAUUAGAGAGGAUCACGUCAAGUAUAUCAGCGAAUUGGCAAGAUAUAGUAAUGAAGUCACUACGACGUACAAGGAAUGUCGAAGUGACACAGAAAAUCGGGAUACUGCAGAACUGGCGUUACGUGGAUUACAAUUACUCUCUCAAUGGACUAGCGUUGUGACAGAAUUAUACAGUUGGAAGUUACUGCACCCCACUGAUCAUCACAUGAAUAAAGAAUGUCCGCAAGAGGCUGAAGAAUAUGAAAGAGCUACACGUUAUAACUAUUCUGAUGAGGAGAAGUUUGCUCUCAUAGAAGUUAUAGCAAUGAUCAAGGGAUUACAGGUAUUGAUGGCACGUAUGGAGACUGUUUUUAUUGAUGCGAUACGUAGGAAUAUUUAUGCAGAGUUGCAAGAUUUUGUACAACUCGCAUUGCGUGAACCUUUAAGAAAGGCAAUAAAAAAUAAAAAGGAUUUAAUUCGAAGUAUAAUUGUUUCCGUUAGAGAAACAUGUGCAGAUUGGCAUUUUGGAGUGGAGCCUCUCGGAGAUCCUGCCUUAAAAGGCAAAAAAGAUCCGGAUAAUGGAUUCGGCAUUAAAGUCCCGCGAAGAAAUGUUGGUCCGUCUUCCACACAAUUAUAUAUGGUACGAACCAUGCUGGAGUCGUUAAUAGCCGACAAGAGCGGUGGAAAACGCACUUUGAGGAAAGACAUCGACGGUCAAUAUCUCGUUCAAAUCGAUCAAUUUCAUAAAACCAGUUUUUAUUGGAGUUAUCUUCUGAAUUUUAGCGAAUCUCUACAAAAUUGUUGCGAUUUGUCACAACUGUGGUACAGAGAAUUUUAUUUAGAAAUGACAAUGGGUAGGAAAAUACAGAAAUGCCAAGUACGUCAUCAACAUAACGAGGAGUGCAGCGACCUAAUCACCAUGGAGAAACGCAUUCAGUUUCCCAUUGAAAUGUCUAUGCCGUGGAUAUUGACUGAUCACAUAUUGAGAAGCAAGGAACCAUCAAUGAUGGAGUAUGUUUUGUAUCCUUUGGAUUUAUAUAAUGAUAGUGCCUUAUAUGCACUGACAAUAUUCCGUAAACAAUUUCUGUACGAUGAAGUAGAAGCUGAAGUGAAUCUAUGCUUUGAUCAAUUCGUUUACAAACUUAGCGAACAGAUUUUCGCACAUUAUAAGCAGCUGGCAGCCAGUAUCUUGCUAGACAAACGAUUCAGAGUGGAAUGCGUGGCUCUCGGAGCAUAUUUACUUCCAUAUCCACGCGCUAAUAGAUAUGAAACAUUGUUGAAACAGAGGCAUGUUCAGCUACUGGGAAGAAGUAUCGACUUAAAUAAGCUUAUAACGCAACGUAUUAACGCGGACAUGCAAAAAUCAUUGGAUUUGGCCAUUAGCAAAUUCGAAUCCGGCGAUAUAACUGGAGUUGUGAUUAAUCGACUAUUAUUCGAUGUCCGACAGGAACUAGACGGAUUGCUGCAAGUCAAUCGUCUUACUCAUAAACUUUUAAGUAAAUGGCUUGCGUUAGAUGAGUACGAUGCCAUGUUUAGAGAGGCGAAUCACAAUGUCCUAGCUCCAUACGGAAGAAUUACCCUUCAUGUCUUCUGGGAAUUGAAUUACGACUUUUUGCCAAAUUAUUGUUACAACGCCGCCACAAACAGAUUUGUCAAGUGUCGUGGCCUACAAUUUGUACAACCCGUUCAUCGAGACAAACCGCCGCAGAUGUCGCAUCACUAUCUCUGGGGUAGUAAACAAUUGAAUUUGGCUUAUAGUACUCAAUAUGGACAAUAUACGGGAUUCGUCGGUCCGCAUCACUUUCGUACGAUAUGCAAGCUUCUCGGAUAUCAAGGGAUAGCUGUAGUUAUGGAGGAACUUUUGAAAAUUGUCAAGACUUUGAUCCAAGGAAGUCUGCAUCAAUUUACCAAAACUUUAAUGGAGGCUAUGCCUAAAGUCUGCAAGCUUCCACGAUACGAUUACGGAUCCCCUGGGGUUUUAGGAUACUAUCAUGCUCAAUUGAACGAUAUUGUGCAAUAUCCAGACGCUAAGACUGAAUUGUUUCAUAAUUUUCGCGAAUUCGGGAAUACGAUUCUAUUUUGUCUUUUAAUGGAACAAGCUCUGUCACAAGAAGAAGUAUGUGACUUGCUACACGCAGCACCGUUUCAAAACAUUUUGCCCAGACCUUACUGCAAAGAGGGAGAAAAACCCGAGACCAAGCAGAAACGAUUAGAGGCCAAGUACGCGGCUUUACAAAUUGUUCCCAAUGUAGAUAAAUUAGGUACCGCUAAACAAGCGAUGAUUGCCAGGGAAGGAGAUCUGUUGACGCGCGAGCGACUGUGCUGCGGUUUGUCAAUAUUUGAAGUUGUGCUCAGUAGAUUACGGAGCUUCUUGGAUGAUCCUAUCUGGGUCGGUCCACCACCGGCAAAUGGUGUAAUGAACGUGGACGAAUGCACGGAAUUCCAUAGGCUUUGGAGCGCGCUUCAAUUUGUAUACUGUAUUCCUGUUGGUGAUACUGAAUUUACUGUUGAAGAGUUGUUUGGUGAAGGUUUGCAUUGGGCUGGAUGUGCCAUGAUCGUCCUUUUGGGUCAACAACGUAGGUUUGAGGCACUUGAUUUCUGCUAUCACAUUCUUCGAGUGCAACGUGUGGAUGGUAAAGACGAGAAUGUUAAAGGAAUACAUUUGAAGAGGAUGGUGGAUCGGAUAAGGCGAUUUCAAGUAUUAAACUCGCAGAUAUUUGCAGUGUUGAAUAAAUAUUUGAAGAGCGGAGACAGUGAUGCGGCGAGCGUGGAACAUGUACGCUGUUUUCAGCCUCCGAUACAUCCUUCACUGGCACAUGCGCAACAACAUUAUCACGCACCUGAAUAUUUACGCCAGAUAAAUCAUCAAUAAGCGAUAAAACAACAAAAGUUAUGUUUUGCGUCCUAAUGAUAGUAUCAUAAUGCAAUAUGAGUGGGACUAAGAAAACUCAUUCCUUGUUAUUUACAAAGGAAUAUUUCUAACAAAAACUUCCAUAUUUUAUAUCAUCAUGUCGCAAUAUUAUUUGUAUUAGCUAAUUCAAUUCCUAUUGAAUGUUUACUAGAAAACGCUUUUUUUUUAUACAACAGAUAAUAUUUAUGGAAUUAUUUUAAAAAAAGAGAAACUUGAGAAUUUUACCUACUUCUAAAGCACGCCACAAUUUUAAUUAAUCUAUUGAAUGAUACGUAUGUCUAAAGCCCAUUUCUACCAACGUAGAUUAAUUUUAAUCUUGGAUUAACUUACUCUUUAGCUCUUUCUAAUUUUUGGAACUAGAAUGAGAUAAGAAGUAAAUUAAACCAAGAUUAAAGUUAAUCUACGUUGGUAGAAACAGGCCUAAAUGGACUUACAUAAUAUUACUGCUUUAACAAUUUAUAACAGAACUGAUAUGAGAUAAUAUUCUAGAUAUAAAUAUACCAAUGUAGUAGAAUAUAUACAUACGGUCUUAUAUUUUGUAAAAUAUUUCAAGUUUAAUUAAAACAAGGUAUCAUACAUAUAUAAAUAUUAUAUCACGUAUAAGUUUAUGUAAUGCUCAUGUAUUGAUUAUGUAUAAAAUGCACACAUUUUGCAACAUUAUUUAUUUCGAUAUGCAACGAUAUCGAAUGAAUUUAGACACU